AUGACGGAGGAGCCGUACGAGAAGUUCCUGGCCCCCGAGGAGCCGUGUCCGCCGCUCUCGCACCAGCACCCGCCGCGGGGCGGCAGCUUGAGCCUGAGCGAGGAGGGCUGUCUGGACGUCAGCGACUUCGGGUGCCAGCUCUCCUCCUGCCACCGCACCGACCCGCUCCACCGCUUCCACUCCAACAGGUGGAACUUGACGUCUUGCGGAACCAGCGUAGCCAGCUCAGAGUGCAGCGAGGAGCUGUUCUCAUCAGUUUCAGUUGGUGACCAAGAUGACUGUUACUCUCUGUUGGAUGACCAGGAGUUCACCUCUUUUGACUUGUUCCCUGAGGGCAGUGUCUGCAGCGAUGUCUCGUCUUCUAUCAGCACAUACUGGGAUUGGUCAGACAGUGAGUUUGAAUGGCAGUUGCCUGGCAGCGACAUUACAAGUGGGAGUGAUGUACUUUCUGAUGUGAUACCUAGUAUUCCGAGCUCUCCUUGUCUGCUUCCAAAAAAGAAAAACAAGCAUAGGAAUCUCGAUGAACUUCCAUGGAGUGCAAUGACAAAUGAUGAACAGGUUGAAUAUAUUGAAUAUUUGAGUCGCAAAGUCAGUACAGAGAUGGGCCUUCGAGAGCAACUUGAUAUUAUUAAAAUUAUUGAUCCUACUGCUCAGAUAUCACCUACAGAUAGUGAAUUCAUUAUUGAAUUGAACUGUCUCACAGAUGAAAAACUGAAACAGGUGAGAAACUAUAUCAAGGAACAUGGACCUCGUCAACGGUCUGCAAGGGAAGGCUGGAAGAGGAGUAGCUACAGUUGUGCAAGUACCAGUGGUGUGAGUGGUGCCAGUGCCAGCAGCAGCAGUGCCAGCAUGGUCAGCUCAGCAAGCAGCAGUGGUUCUAGCAUUGCAAACUCUGCUUCAAACUCCAGUGCCAACAUGAGUCGAGCGCAUAGCGAUAGUAAUUUGUCCACAAGCGCUGCAGAAAGAAUCCGGGAUUCAAAAAAACGUUCCAAGCAACGGAAGCUACAGCAAAAGGCCUUACGCAAGAGACAGCUGAAAGAACAAAGACAAGCUCGUAAGGAAAGACUGAGUGGAUUAUUUCUUAAUGAAGAAGUGCUCUCUUUAAAAGUGACUGAGGAGGACCAUGAAGGAGAUGUGGAUGUUUUAAUGUGACAGGGGUGAAUUUAUCAGUGUUCUUUCUAAGCCUUAAAUGUAUUAUCCUUCUUGUUUACAUAUAUUUCUUGACCAAAUCUUGAUUAGUGUUAACAGUGUAAACCAGAUCUUUUCUCAAGUGUAAUUUUGGAAAGAAGGUCUAAGUAUUGAGUAACUUCAGCUUUUUGAGACUAAUUUUGCAACAAAGGAUUCAGAAACUUAACUGACUUCUGAAAAGCUGCUGAAUAGAUACAAUUUUAAGGACACUUGAACUUGCCUACCAUGCUAACUUACCUGCAAGACACAAGUCUAGGGGUGCUUUUGGAUGACACUAAGCAUGCGUUACUAUGCUUCAGCCUUUUUGGUUUUUCCAGCUUUGAGUUAAUAUUACACUUGGCUUGUUUUGCCUUCCUUUCCCAUUAUUAGGAAGCUUGUUUAGCAUGAGGAAAAAAUCUUCAGCUCUAUAGGGCUUUCUUCAGUCUUGCUCUAGGAUCAUACAAAAUCAAGGUACUGUGAUAAAUCCUUUUCUAGAAGUUGCAAUUUAAACUACACAGAAAACAAGAGGCAGGACUUCUAACACAGGCAGUCUAACACAAAUAAUGCCUGCUAAUGUAGUUCUUUAGGGAGCAAUUAGGAUUCAAAAAACCAACUUGCAAGCUUAGUCUUUAGAAAGUUAUUUUGCUGCUCAGUAUCUUGUAGUAUGAUUGCUACUGAGGGUUGACUAGUACAUCCCUAGUAUUGCUAUGAAAAGAUUAAAAUAAAAACAUCUUUAUGCAUUGAACGUACACUAAUCUGCAAUUAAGUUGUCUAGGACACUACUUAAAAACACUACUGGAGAAAGAAGUGCAAACAAGUGGCACGCAGCUUUGGUGGCUUUUUUCCCCAGAAGCUUGUCUGAAUAGAUUCAUGUUGUUGGCAAGAGAACUUAAUCAACGCAACUGUGCUUUUUAAUUGUGUGUUUAGCUGAGGAUGUGUCUUCUGUGUGGGUUGUUACACCAUUACGUGUUUCAGAAUUCUCCGUUUGUUGUCUGUUGGCUUUUCUCAAAUUUCUCUUGCUAAGAAGAUGAGGUAAGAUUGUGGCUUUCAGGCAGGGAGGUAAAAGUAGUUUUAACCUGUUUCCUAAUUGUGACAAUCUGUAAGGUGACUUUUAAGUCAUUAUCUUGGAACUACUUGUUACAGACCUCCUGCCCCCCACAGCUGAGAUAAAAAUGAUACUUCUAAACUUCAACAGGAAACUUAAAAUAUUAUAAAAGUAUUUUCUACUUCCAAGUUUAAGAAGUAACUUCUCAUUAUCGUGAUGCAUUAUUACUUUCAUUUUGCUCUUGUGAAUUAAGGAGUUUGGCAGUUUAGUGUGGCCACAGGCGCCUGUAAUAGCAGGAUACAGCCCAGUCCUGCAGAAUUGGAUGACCAACUUUAUCUAGGACUACACAUAUUCAUUUUGCAUGUCCUGCACAGACUUACUAGCCCUGACAGCUGAAGUGUUUUUCUUUCAGAAGUGGCAUUCCUUGUAGCCUCAAAAUAAACUGACCAGUAAAAUACCUGAACAGUAGUCCUGAAAGGCCUUUGAUAAGAAAUAAAUGAGGUCCAUAGUCAAACUAGUAUGUGUGAACUUAGUCACUGCUACCGCUGCUAGACAACAGGUACCCAGACUUGGCCAUUGACUGGUUAAAAGCUAUGUAAUGUAAUUUUAAACGCGAGUGUUAGCUAUCCCAUAUGGCCAGUUAUUUGGCCACUAACCAGAAGUGACCAUUACCUGUCAGUAUUUGCUUGCACUGCACUAUAGCUGGUUGUUGCCUCCCUUCUUCAAGUAGGAACAAUAACAAAAACUUCUUAAGAGUAUACAAGUUCCUCAGAAUUUAGAUUGACUUAAAUCUGGAGCUUCUUUUAAAUAUCUUGGAUGGAACAAAAAAUUGAACUGCUGUCAAUUCAGCUAAUUUCAGGGUACAGUUGUUGAAUUCCUGCAACUUACCAUGGCUAUAAUGGCUGAAUUCAUCCUGAAAUAUUUCACUGUGUGUACACUGUCACCGUUCAGUUACAACUUUUAUUUUCUGCAGUGACUUUGAAAUGUGAUUUUUUUUUUUCUGAAGAAAAAUUCGCACUUAAUAGGGUAGAGAAUUGAGACACUGAAAUUAAUUUUAAGAAAGGUGCAGUAUCUCAGAGUGGUGGAGCAUGAAAGCGUGUCACUUUAUUCUGUUUCAGCAGCUCUUCAGAGUUCAAAAUCCCUCAGGCUUUGUUGAGAGAAACCCCCUCAUUUUGAGGUAACAGUUCUUCUUAGUCACCUGUCUACUAGCUUCCAGAGGUCGUGAAAUGAGGGAGGAUAGUAUUUCUUAAUCUUAGUUUGAGCAUGUAACAAUAAUUUAAUCCAAGUGAUUAGAUGGUCCAGUUGCUCAUCUGUUACAUUAGAUGAAAACAUCCUGUGUGCCACGGUAGCUGAUUGUGGUAUGUCAUCUCCAGCUGGGUACUUCAGUCACUUGUGUGACAGUUAAAACAACAGAAAAGAGUGGAUUUCCAGGGGUUCCAUGGUAAUAAUUUUAUAGCUCUGUAAUAUUGUAGUCCCAGGAUGCUUAUAACCUAAGAAUCCAAAACUCUGAAUGUUCUGCUAAGAAUGCAGAAUAACAUCUGGCUUACCUGAAUGUGGUCUUUGCCGAGUACUUGGCAUCUCAGAGAAUCAGGCCUGAAGUAGCUGUGGGAUUCGAGAGAACUAAUGACAAACUCCUUUUGUUGAAGGACGAGGUGGUUUUCUCAGAUUCUUGUCUUUCCCUGCAAUAUGCUGUUUGCUUACCCAGGGGAGUGGUUGAGUCACUGUCCCUGGAGGUAUUUAAAAGACCUGUAGAUGUGGUGCUUAGGGACAUGGUUUAGUGGUGGACUUGGCAGUGUUGGGUUUACAGUUGGGCUCGAUGAUCUUAAAGGUCUUUUCCAACCUAAAUGAGUCUAUGAUUCUAUGAAUUUGCAUUGGAUACCUGUGGCAUUAGUCAAGACAGUAGGAAUUUUAGUUAAACCUGGUCUUGUCGAUUUGAGUGUUGGCCAUCGUGGCUACCACGUCAUUCUACGGGAAGUUAUCUACAGAUUAUUGGGCUCAGAUAGAUAAGGAAGAGUAACAGACUCAUGGAUUCUUAUUAGUGCUUUUUCAAAAAAGAAUAAAAUCUCUGCUUUUUAUUCACAGAUAAAAAAUAUCAAGCUUAAAAGCAAAAUAGAGACAAAUAGGAAAAAGCUUAUCUUUGUAUGGCUCCACGGUACUGAAGCUGUAUAUCUAGGUGCUUUGUACCCACUGUAAUAUGAAUGUAACCAGUUUACACUCUGUAACGUUAACGGUUUGCUUCCAUGGUAACUUUUUCUCUAAAAAGGCUUAGAAGGAGCACUGAAAGUCUGAUUGCAAUAGGACUGUAAACAAUAGAGAAGAUUCUUUUUCUAAUACGAUUUUAAAUAUGAGGAAGAAAGCUAGCUGCCUGACAAACCUGUCUCAUUUUUGUGUGUGUAUCUAAUGUCAUCCUUUGUUAAGAUAUUAUCUAUUUUUCUUUAUCUGGGAAGCUGCUUAGAAGAUGGUUAUAGUAUUCUCAGUAUGGGGCGCUCACUAAGAAGAGCAAGAAGAGUCUUCGCAAGACUUUCCUGGGCUUAACUUUUAGUUCUUAUAUUGUGGUUUGAAACCUGUGAAGAUCAUUCUCUGGGGAAAAAACAAACCAACCAACCUGCUUGAACUUAUUCACAUGCAUUUACAUCAGAGGUGCAUAUACAAUAUAGAAGCAUAAAAACGGCAAUAUUUACUGUUCAUCUAUGCUGAAUGGCCUGAAGCCAUUUCUUUUCUCUUAACACUUUCAGCUUUGAAAUCAGUUCACAUGUUGGUCUAUAAAUAUUAAUAAACCUGACUGUUUUAGGGGGCUCUUGAAGUUCAUUCUUGUAAGCCAGAUUCUCGUGGUGAAUGGUGUUAGACCGAUUGGCAGGUAAGCUACAGAACAUUAAACCAUUCUUGGUCAUAGAGAAGACAAGUCAACAUGCAAUUUUCUAUUUAAGGAUUGCAAAAAUAGUUUAUUAAGCUACAAAGGGCAAAUCCUAGCAAUAUUCAAAGCUUGUCUGGAUUGACUAUUAACUCUGAUUAAUCAUACUUGCAUUCUCUCUCAUCUGGCUAACUUCAAAACAUUUCCAAUUUACAAAUACAUUCUUCAAUUAAAAAAAAAUUGUAAUGUUGAAGCUUUGAAUAUAGUUCAUAACCAAAGCAAGGGGAAAGUGGGGGUUUGAUUUUUUUUUUUUUUAAUUUAAUUUUUAAUUUUUGGGGGGAGAGAUUGGGGUAUAGAUUAGAGUAUAUGGUACUGCUUAAACACAGAGCGUUUUUUUUCCCCAGGUUCUCUGCUAAUUCUAUUGCUAAAAUGCACUUUUGUA